UUUGUGAUUUAAAUUCCUUAUAGAACACACACGCAGUAAUGCAUAGUCAGCAUAACAUAAUUAUCAUAUACAUUAAGAGUAAAAUGACUACAGUAACAAAGAGCAAAAAUAUAAUUUUAUGAAGCUCCAUGGAGGAUUUUCCAACUGAUACCUAAGUAUAGCAUCAAACUCACACAAAAAACUCCAGUGACGGCUGAUUUGACCAAGAAAAUGCGAGGGGCGGUGGAUUUGACCACAGUCACAUACGCUAGUGUGAAGAGAGGCGUGGCCAUGACAGAAAGUAUUCCAAUUAUUUCAAAUGCAAUACAAAUAGUUAUUGUAUUAUUUAAAAUAAAAAAUAUUGUUGUGGUAUGUAUUUUGUAGUCUGUAGAUAAAUAUAUUUUUUAAAGUUUCUCAAAUACUAAACCUAAUUUGUGUAGUUGAAUUGGUGUUAGCAUAACCUGAAGUUCAGAAAACCCUGUUUGAUCUCCUAAUCUAUACAUUUUAAUUUUAACAUUUCUUUAAAUAUAUAUAUAUACAGUAUAUAUAUGAGCUAAUAUCUUCCAUUUCAAUGAAGAACUCUUCGGUCCUUUCCAAAAUAGACUCCCACGGUUGUAAAGCCUUGCUGUCAGAAGCCUCUGACUCCACCCUACAUUUUUUCUAUCUGCUGUUGAAGACACGCACCAGAAGAGGAAGCACACAUCGAUCCCCCCAGCAAUGGCUGGCAGUCACCCUCUUUGUCUGAGCGGCUUUUCCUCAAGCGUUUUGCUGCUUCUCUGGCUCUGGCACCCCGGUUUGGCUUCCUUGAAGACUAUUCACAAAAAAGUUGGAGACUCAGUGGAGAUUUCAUCAGGGCUUCCAACUGAAGGAGUUAAUGCAGCACAGUGGAAAUAUAAAGAUAAAACUGUUGCAGAAAAAAGCCUCCAUAUUUCUAACCAGAUCUUUGGCAACAGAUUACACUUCAACAUCACCACCCUGAGUUUAACGCUAACAGAGCUAACUCUUCAAGAUUCUGGUAAUUUCAGUUUUGUCUCUGAUCAAAAUGACAAACAAAGGGAGACAGUUGUCAUCACUCUACUGGUUCACGAGUCCAUAACUGAAGACCCCAUUCUGACUUCCACACACGUUUCAACUGAUUCCAAUCAGACCUGCACAGUUUUAGUGAACUGCAGCUUAAAGUCCACCAGCAGUGUCAGCUACAAGCUGAGUGACGGGAAUCAAACCCACGAAGGCUCCAGUCGGCAGUACAGCAUCAGCAAACAGGGAGAAGGACAGGUGUUCACAUGCACAGCGUCCAAUUCUGUCAGUAACAGAACAACAUCUGAAACUGUAACGUGUAAAGACAAUUCAACUGAAGCAGAAGAUGUAGUUCCUGAGCUUUACCUGCUGGUGAUUGGGGCAGCUUGUGGAGGAGGUCUGCCGAUCAUCCUUCUUGUCAUAGUGGUUGUGUGUUGCUGCAGAAAAAAGAAGGAAGGCGCGGACUCAACAGAACUCACUGUGUACGCGGAUGUAACUGACCUUAAUAUUAACAGCAACCAAGCGUCAUGCUCGUUGUAUGAUACCAUCCAAGAAAUCAGUCCUACACAUCAAAUGGCUUCAACUUUGUAUGAUAAGGUCAACUUCAACCGUCAAUUGAAGUGAAGCCAGCAGUGAAGAAGGGCGUUUAAUAGGAGCUAUGAACCGGACAAAAUGGACAUCUCAAGAAAAUGUAAAGGGUGAAAUGAUGAAGAGAAAGCCUCACCUUUAGACACUACGAACUCACAACAGUUUUGAUUCUUUAAAAUUAUUUCAGAAAGCAGAAAAUCAAGAAACAACAGUUACUAUUUAUGUAUAUGUAAAUCCAAAACAGUUCAAUAUAGAAUCAAAUUUCUUAAGAAAACUUCACAUUUUAAGGAUGGCAGGUUUCUGUGGAAACUGGAUACAUCUUACAUAAGAUCUGGUGCUUGUGAGGGUAAAAACAUUGGCGGUCCAGCUGUAGCUUCCUCUUCUUCACUGAUGAGUUUAUAAUUAAGUCAGAAACUCUACUUUUUUUGGAAGAACUCUCCGGGAAAUAUGCAACUUUAGAAACUUGAACUGCUGAUUCCACACAAGCUUCAGUGAUGCCUUAGUCAUAACUGGCCUUAUGGGUGGAUAUGGUCGAGGCCGUACAGGGUGUGCCGGUGGCCUCCAUAAAAUUUUAAGAUUGUAUCUUGGUGAUAUUUUUUUAUCAGGUGUGUGUUUUUUUUUUUAACUCCCACUUAAAAUCUGCACACCGUGCAAGAAAUGCUAUUCCAUUCAUAACGUGCUAUCUAACUGUUCGAAAUUAGGAUAUUAGAGUGUAUUUUAUCUUGGCAUCCUACAGGAGUCCAAUGGGCAGUCAGUAAGGAGCCAGUACUAGCACCUUACUAACUAAUGAUAGAGUGUGGUGUAAAAGAGCACCAUAAGACAGCAUUGACCAUACAUCACAAGUGUGUUUACUUUACAAUAUCCUUGCAAAUACUGCACAAAACACGUACCACACUGUUAUAGCUCAGUUUAAUGCUGUAUCCAGACUGGAUAAAUUAUUUGUCAGUUUAUUUCUGUCUGGAUUAAGUCCUUGCAUUUGGUCUGUAUUCAGAUUACAAGCAUGUAAACAAAACCACAUGACUAAAGAUCAAUUCAGUUAUUGGCAAACAGUUACUGGGCAGAUCAAAACAAAAAGACAAAGAUAGAGAUGCAGCACUUUCCAAGUACUUGUCAAGAUAAUUUACUUAUAAAAGCUUUUUUUUCUGCUAGUCAGUUUUUGAACAUCUGUAUGUAGGCCAGGUUUAACACUUUCUACUGUUACUUUGUGGUCUGCAAGAUGGUUACUGAGGACGCUACGGCUACGAGGUAUGCGAACUAGUGUUUGUGACGUAUAGAUAGUUGGGGAAACAGUGGGAGAAUCAAUGUUGUAUCACGUUAAAAGUUGUUUGAAUGAGCCUCCAUUCAUCCAACCACAUUUUAAUGAGCAACUAUUGUGUUGCUGCACCACGUUCAUCCGCUAAUGACCAGCUAUGGCAGCCAUUUUGGUCCAGUUAUUUUGCUCUCGGACCAGAUCGUAUUCAGACUGAGAAAUCUCAGCGCAAACCGAAGUUCAGUCAGAUUGGAAACAAA